AUGUUAAAAUCUUCGCUGUAUGUUGAUGACUUGUAUUUUGGUGGAAAUAGUGUGAACGAAGUUUUAAAUUUGUCAUCUGAUGCUGUAACUAUUCUGAAGGAAGGAGGUUUUAACUUGAGGAAAUUGAGGUCUAACAAUAAAGAGUUAGAAGAACUAUGGGUGCAGACGGGACUAAAGGAACGGGAGUCGGUUGAUGUUAGCCAAGUGAAAGUGUUGGGGUUGAACUGGAAUCAAGAGCAAGAUGAGUUGUCGUUGGAUCUAAAAGGGAUAUUUAAAGGAUUGAAAUCAUUGAAGAACAGUAAGAGGUGCGUUUUACAGACUGCAGCUAGUAUUUUUGAUCCGGUUGGGUUGAUUGCUCCGUUUGUUGUACGUAUUAAGUUAUUGUUUCAGGAAAUUUGGGAGAGAGCAAUUGAUUGGGAUGAAGAGUUGCCAGAAGACUUGGGAGAAAAAUGGGUGAAGUGGUGUGGAGAAACUGACAAAAUGAGUGAAAUAAAAAUCCCUAGGCAUUGUUUAGAAAGCUGUGUUGGUGAGAAGGCUGAAGUACACGUGUUUUGUGAUGCGUCAUUGAGGGCGUAUGGAGCUGUUGUAUAUUUCAAGUUUCGUAAUAAAUAUGGGAAGUAUAAGGUGCCUUUUGUGUUGUCAAAGAGUAGAGUAGCACCGCUAAAGAAAUUAACGUUACCUCGCUUAGAGUUGAUGGCCCUUGUGAUAGGUUCUAGAUUGGGAAGUUAUCUCAAGACAGUUUUCGUAGACAUGAUUCAAAAUAUUAUGUAUUGGACUGACUCUUUGAUUGUGUUGUACUGGGUAAAGGGUUGUGCCAAGCGUUGGAAAAUGUUUGUAGCAAAUCGUGUUUUGGAGAUUCAGGAGAAGUCGAAUCCCAGCGACUGGAAAUUUUGCCCCUCGGAAAAAAAUCCAGCAGAUUUACUAACUAGAGGAAUUUCAAUGGAAGAUCUGUUGUUGAAUAAAUUGUGGAGGUUAGGACCAGAUUGGCUUCAGGAGAGUUGUGAAGGAUGGCCGGAGCAGGUGUUCAAAUCUGCGAGUGGUGACAAUGUAGAGGUUUUACGGGAGAAAAGAAGUGAAGUAACUAAUGUUAUGGUUGUUCAGGUGGAACUGGUCGAAAUUUGUACAAUAGAAUUUUGGUUUGGAGUAAAUUGCAAAGAAUUGUUGCAUGGUGUCUUAGAUUUAUUGGAAAUGCUCGAGGAAUGA